AUGUCCUCCAGCACACCCGCCCCCGCCAGGCUCAUCUCCCCCCUCAAGGGCGCCCUCAGCCGGGUCAAGAACAUCCCCAGCGCACUCAAGCCAUCCAGCCUCUCCCCCGCCCGGCCCCGGCCCAAGUCCAAGUCGCCCAGCCGGAGCCCCUCGGCCUCGGGCGAGCUGUCGAAUGCCGUCGGGAUGUGCUCGCUCGAAGUCAACAGGGCCGCCGGGCUGCCCUACUGGAAGGCCGUCACCCGCCUCAGCUUCGACAUGGACCCCUUCGUGAUCAUCAGCUUCGGGAAAAAGAUCUUCCGGACCCGGGUCAUCAGACACUCCAUGGAUCCCGUCUGGGACGAGAAGCUCUUCUUCCAUGUCCAGAAGAGCGAGAUGCCCUUCACGAUCCUCUUCAGCAUGUACGACUGGGACAAGAUGUCCUCAAACGACUACAUCGGCGAAAGCCAGCUGCUCCUCGAGCACCUCAUCAACGACACCCAGCAGAACAUGCUCCUCGACCCCGAAACUGGCCUCUACCAGCUAGACCCAUCCGGCAAACUGAUCGGCGACCACAUGACGUCCUACGAACUCCCCGUCGUCCACACACCCUCUCCCACCACCACCACCACCACCACCCCUUCAGCCGAGCCCGCCGGCGAAGCCACCUACAACGGCAAGCUGUCCAUCAAGGCCAAAUUCAUCCCCUACUCGGCCAUGCGCCAGGUCUUCUGGAGGAAGUAUCUCGACGAGUUCGAUACCGACGACUCGGCCACCAUCUCGACCACCGAGCUCACCUCGAUGCUCGACUCCCUCGGCUCAACCCUCACCCGGGAGACCAUCUCAGGCUUCUUCUCUCGCUAUGGGAAAUCAUCAACAAACGACCAGCACACCCUAUCCUUCGAACAGGUCAUCGGCUGCCUAGAAUCAGAACUAGUCAAGCCUGCCCACCAACGAAACCAGAUCGAUGCCGAAGACGAGCAGAUCGGCGUCGGCCUGAAUGCAGUCCGUCCCCCAGCCGAAAGGCCUCCGCAACCCGACGGGGGACCCGACCAAUCACAAUCUCCAGCCGCCCCCGAUCCCUCCACUCCGGCCUCGCCCCUCGUCUCCAUCAGCUUCAUCGGCCACAACCCCAUCGACGUCACCACCAGCCUCGACCACCAGCCCGAUUCACUCUCCAACUCGCCAUGCAGCACCAACCUGGAUGAGAUCAGCGGCGACGAGCCCUCGAGCCCAACCCACACCCGAGCACGCUCCCACCUACGAUCCGAGAAGGUCGUCAACAUCUCCUGCUGUCCGAUCUGUCACCAGGAACAGCCCCACUCCCAGGCGGAGAUCGACAUGGUCACCCACAUGGCCGUCUGUGCAUCCCAGGACUGGACCUCCCUCCAAAACAUCCUCUCCCCCGGAAACUUCGUCACCUCCUCCCAAGCCAACCGCAAGUGGUUCACCAAAGUGAUCGGCAAGGUCCAGAACGGCAAGUACUCCCUGGGCGCCAAUUCGGCUAACAUCAUCGUCCAGGACCGAAGGACGGGGAAGCUGAUCGAAGAGAAGAUGCAGGCCUACGUCCGCCUGGGGAUCCGCUUGAUGUACAAAUCCGGAGGCGGCGGCGGCGGCGGCGGCUCGGGGAGCGCGAAGGAGAACCGGAUGGAGCACCAGAAGAUCAAGAAACUCCUGAAAUCAUUGACGAUCAAGCAGGGCAUCAAGUUCGACUCGGCCGACUCGAUCAAAGAGAUCCAGCCGUUCAUCAACUUCCAUGAGCUGGACCUGAACGAGGUCAAGCUACCGCUGAGCCAGUUCAAGAACUUCAACGAGUUUUUCUACAGAGAGCUCAAGCCCAACGCGCGCCCGAUCGAGAGUGCCGAGGACGGGUCGGUGCUGACCUCGGUGGCCGACUGCCGCCUGAUGGUCUUCAAGGACCUCAACCAGUCGAAGCAGAUCUGGAUCAAGGGUCGGCGGUUCAGCCUGCAGAAGCUUCUGGGACCCUUGGGCCUCCGGAACAUCGUCCCCGGCGACACUCCUCCUCCUCCUCCGACGACGACGAUGGGCGUCGAUCAGCCGUCGAUGGGCGACGAGAAACAGGGCCUGGGAGGGCCCGGAGCCGCAGCAGCCGCCGAGGAGGCCGAGCACGACGCGUCCAACGAGACCAGCUUGGCCAGCAUCGCCAGCUCCGCCGCCGACGACCCCGCCGCCGCCGACCUGGCCCUCAGAUGGGCCCUCGCUAUCUUCCGCUUGGCCCCGCAAGACUACCACCGCUUCCACUCGCCUAUCGACGGCAAGAUCGUCGACGUCGAGUACAUCGACGGCCAAUACUACACAUGCUUGUGCCAGGCGAUCCGGUCGACCAUCGAUGUCUAUGGCGAAAACGUGCGGGUGGUGGUGUGCAUCGAGACGGAGAAGUUCGCGAAAGUGUACUGCGUGUUCGUCGGGGCCAUGAUGGUGGGCAGUAUCAAUAUGAGCAUCAAGCUUGGCGACCGGGUCCGGAAGGGCGACGAUAUCGGGUACUUCGCCUUCGGCGGGUCGACGAUCCUGGUGGUCGUGGAAAGCGACAGGAUCGAGUGGGACGCCGACCUGCAGACGAACUCCAGCCAUUCGAUCGAGACGUUGGUCCGGGUGGGCACACGCGUGGGCGCCCGCAAACCUGCCUGA